UAAACUAAAAUAUAAACGGGAGGGCUGUAACUGCUUUCUCAGGAAACUAACCACAGGGUACAGAAGUUUCUCGUUCACGCGGGUCCCACCCCGACCUCCCGCUCUACACCUCAUCUCCUCUCCUUCUCGUUUCUUCACCUCGAAGGUAGAAAAAAAAAAAGAGAAAAGAAAAGAGAAACAUCUCUGGAAGAUGCAAGAAGCCGAGCUUCACGAUUUAUCAGACGACGCCGAUUACGCUGCGUCUCAACAACAAGGAUCGGCGAGUAUGACGCGGUGUGACAGUGGGAAAAGAAGCUCCUCGAGUGAACCGGAGGGAGCUGAAAUUGUUUAUUUGAAGGAUAAUGUUACAAUUCAUCCUACACAAUUUCCCUCUGAACGGAUUAGUGGAAGAUUAAAGUUAAUUAAGCAAGGCUCUUCUCUCUUUAUGACAUGGAUUCCAUACAAAGGGCAAAGUACGAAUGCUAAGCUGUCUGAGAAAGAUAGGAAUCUCUAUACUAUUAGGGCAGUGCCAUUUACUGAUGUGAGGUCCAUUCGUAGACACACUCCGGCUCUUGGGUGGCAGUACAUUAUUGUUGUUCUAUCAUCUGGACUUGCAUUUCCUCCCCUUUACUUCUAUAAUGGAGGAGUUCGAGAGUUCCUUACUACAGUAAAACAACACGUUUUUCUUGUGAGGUCAGCUGAAGAUGCAAAUGUAUUUCUUAUGAACGACUUUCAAAAUCCUCUGCAGCGAAUUUUGUCUUCAUUGGAGCUUCCCAGGGCAGUUUCCAUUGCAAGUACUCCAUCAACCCCUGUUUCAGUUGGGGAGUCUGCUUCACACGAAAAAGAAGAGGGGAUGGAUGUGGGAGUUUGUGAUGGAAGUGCUAGUAUUCCUCAUUAUAAUGGGAGGCGGAGGCAAAAGAUUCAUGAUCCUGCUCGAGACAUUUCAAUUCAAGUUUUGGAGAAAUUUUCUCUUGUAACCAAGUUUGCCCGAGAAACAACUUCACAGCUAUUUCGGGAGACUCAUAGCAAUGGUCAUUUUGAGAGGAGAAACUCUAACCAGUCUGCCCUUGAUUAUAGUCACAAACCAUCUGAUGAUACUGAGGAAGUUCCUGUUCAAAGCCCUGUGACUCCAGAUCCUCUUAAGGGCAACCUGAUGCCAACCUCUAUCCUUGUUAAACAGAGAGUCCCAUAUAGGAAACACAAUCAUGAUGAUGAAGCUGCCACCAAUGUGGGGACUUUUGAGCUAAUCAAUUUUAAGGAGUUUGACAAACUCUCACUAGUGUGGGGAAAACCCCGACAACCACCGUUGGGGUUGGAAGAGUGGGCCACAUUCUUGGAUUCAGAAGGGCGAGUGAUAGAUUCAAAAGCUUUAAGAAAAAGAAUAUUUUAUGGAGGAGUUGAACACAAAUUACGAAAAGAGGUCUGGGCAGUAUUAUUGGGAUAUCAUACAUAUGAAUCAACAUAUGCUGAGAGGGAAUAUCAAAGGUCUAUCAAAAAGGCAGAAUAUGAGACUAUAAAAAACCAGUGGCAGAGUAUCUCUCCUCAACAGGCUAAAAGGUUUACAAAGUUCAGAGAGAGGAAAGGCCUUAUAGAGAAAGAUGUGGUAAGGACAGAUAGAUUGCUCUCUUUCUAUGAUGGGGAUGACAAUCCAAAUGUGAAUCUUUUACGUGAUAUCCUGCUGACCUACUCUUUCUACAACUUCGAUCUUGGUUACUGUCAGGGUAUGAGUGAUCUGCUAUCCCCAAUUUUGUUUGUAAUGGAGGAUGAGUCAGAAUCAUUUUGGUGUUUUGUGGCCCUUAUGGAACGCCUUGGGCCCAAUUUUAAUCGUGACCAAAAUGGCAUGCACUCUCAGCUUUUUGCAUUAUCUAAGCUGGUUGAGUUGGUAGACAGCCCAUUGCAUAACUAUUUCAAGCAGAAUGACUGCUUGAAUUAUUUCUUCUGUUUCCGCUGGAUACUGAUACAGUUUAAAAGGGAACUGGAAUAUGAGAAAACAAUGCGAUUGUGGGAAGUAUUGUGGACACAUUAUUUGUCGGAACACCUGCAUCUGUAUGUGUGCGUAGCAAUCUUGAAGCACUAUCGUGGCAAGAUAAUGGGAGAGCAAAUGGACUUCGACACCCUCUUGAAGUUCAUCAAUGAGCUGAGUGGUCGGAUUGACCUUGAUGCAACCCUCAGGGAUGCAGAAGCUUUAUGUUUAUGUGCCGGCGAGAAUGGAGCUGCUCGCAUCCCACCUGGAACUCCACCUUCAUUGCCUGUUGACAACGGAUUAUUCUAUUCUCAGCAAGAUGAAGUAUUGUAAAUGAGAUCCCUUUCUACAUAUCAAAUCUGAAUUCAUGAUUCUAUAUUGAAAUAGCUGAUUUUUCCAAGACAAUAAUUCAGUAUUUUUUUUUCCCUUGAAAGGCAGCUUGCCUUAAAUAAAUCAGUUAGC